AUGCCUGACCCAAAGACAUCCCCCUCGCAGGGCCGGAAGCAAUCGCAAAUGGCAGACCCAGACGGUUCUGCCCCGGAUCUUGAGCUUCUGGGUGACCAGGUUACCUUGCAACCCCGAGGCUAUAUCGAGCCUUUACAGCCUGCUGAAGAUGGUGACAAAGAGCGGAACCUGGUGGAGCAUAUGGCAAGGUUCCGAUCUAGUCCAUUGGAGUUCCUGCGAGAGGUCUCCCUCCACGUCUCUGGCAUGGGAUGGCGCGCUUACGACAAUGUCAUCGGACAACCCAUCUUCUAUCCAGGUUUCUCCGAAAACAUGAUUGCAUCGGUUCUUUCUACGCCCAUUCUACAAAAGCGAAUCACCGAAUUGGCAGAAAAGAGGAUAGCAGUAGAAGAAAAGGACGGGCUUUUGAACAAGAAUGAUCCACACUAUGCUUCGAAACGGGCCCACCGGAAAUCCGUCAUUGAGCAGAGCCUCCAAGAGCUCUCCGAAAAGUUGGCGGAUGAAAUGAUAUGCAAGCUCGAGAGCAAGACGUUUAUUAGGGGCGCAUAUUAUUUGACGACUCAGCUCUUGACUCGAGCAUACCACCAAGGAAUUCAUGUUUCGAGUGAAGAGGUCUUGCGAUUACGGAAAGUUGCGGAAAGGACAGAGAAGGCCAAGCAGAGCAUCAUCUUCCUGCCAUGCCAUAGAUCACAUGUAGACUAUGUUUCUUUACAACUCAUCUGCUACCGAUUGGGUCUGGCGUUACCUACGGUCGUGGCUGGCGAUAACCUCAAUUUUCCCGUGGUUGGGAGCUUUUUACAACACGCCGGGGCAAUGUACAUCCGAAGAAGCUUCGGAGAUGAUGCGCUUUACAGCACACUUGUACAAUCAUACAUAGAUACCCUGCUUCAAGGCGGCUAUAAUUUCGAAUGUUUCAUUGAGGGAGGCCGAUCAAGAACAGGGAAGCUUUUACCGCCCAAAUUUGGAAUUCUGAGCUUCAUUCUCGAUAGUGUCUUGUCCGGCCGCGUCGAAGAUGCCGUUAUUUGCCCGGUCAGUACGCAAUACGACAAAGUCAUCGAGACGGAAGGCUAUGUCGGUGAGUUACUAGGCGUACCGAAAAAGAAAGAGAACCUGGCGGAUUUCCUCUCGGCCUCCUCCGUUCUUUCCUUGAAGUUGGGUCGUGUGGAUGUAAGAUUUCAUGAACCUUGGAGUUUGCGACAGUUCAUAGUUGAGCAGCAAUCUCGAACGACCGGGAUACCUAAGGGGCUCGAUAUGAAAAGUAUAAGUGAUACUGCCACCAGGCAGAAGAUCCUACGUACCUUGGGCUACAAGGUUCUCUCUGAUAUAAAUGCCGUCUCGGUUGUCAUGCCCACCGCUUUGAUUGGGACGGUCCUCCUGACCCUUCGAGGCAGAGGCGUUGGUUUUGACGAAUUAGUUCGUCGGGUCGAAUGGGUCAGCCAGAGAGUUAGAGCUAAAGGCGGACGGGUCGCUCACUUCGGGAAUUCCCCCACCUCUGUUGUGAUUGAACGCGGUCUUGAAGUUUUGGGAAAGGAUCUCGUAGGCCUUGUGGAAGGUCUACCCGAGCCAACUUAUUAUGCCGUCGACAGAUUUCAGCUAUCUUUCUACCGAAACAUGACGAUACAUCUCUUCAUAUCAGAAGCGCUUGUCAGCGCAAGUAUGUACAUUCGGGUCAAACGAGGAGGUGGGCCCGAGAACCAGAAGAUAUCAUAUGAGGAACUGCGCGACCAAGUGCUAUUUCUGUCCCAGUUAUUCAGGGGCGAGUUCAUCUAUCCAACAGAGGGAUUGGCUGUUAACUUGGAUAAUACUCUUCGAGGUCUUGAGGCCGACAAAAUUGUCGAUCUACACCGAGAUAGCGAGGGCAAGAUUACAACAGUUGGCUUGUCGGAUGCGGAGCGUGCUGCUGGGCGCGAGAAUUAUGAUUUCUACUGCUUCCUCAUAUGGCCCUUCAUAGAAGCUUUCUGGCUUGGAGCUGUGUGCCUCAUGGGUCUGACACCGCCACUAAAUCACCAAGGAGAUGGCUGGCUUGAUAUGAACAAAUGUCAAGAUAGCUCGCAGCUGCUUGGUAAAACUCUGUACCACCAAGGAGACCUGUCGUAUUUUGAAGCCGUCAACAAGGAGACCCUUAAAAACUCAUGGACCCGUUUUGAGGAGGAGGGCAUCAUAGAAGUCGUGAAGAGUCGAGCAGCAAAGGCACAGAGAAAGACCCGGCUGUCACCUGACUGGACACCUCGCCGAGAUGCCGAAACAGGGAAGAUUGUGCCAGAAGGCAGAUUGUGGGAUUUCAUUGAGAAGAUAGCACAGUCAAGAAGGGAGGGGAAGAAUAGAAGAGAUGGGGCUACGGUGUCCACGAGAGUUUUACGGCUGACGGAGACUAUUCUCGGCCGAACCUUGUUUGCUGCUGAUUCGGUGGGGGGAAGUCUCUCGGAGGAGGACGCGAAGGUGUUGAACCAACUGCAGCAGCAGAAAAGGAGGAAAAGUCUGCGGUCGAGAGCGCGUCUAUAA